UUUGCCAGCCGCGGCUGCCGCUGGAGCCGGUGUCCGGGCUGGUGAUGGGGUUAAUUCCCUUUCGUAAGACUCUUACUUGCACCCACCCAGCCCCGCCGUCGCCCCGCCGCGCCGCGCUCCAACCGCCUCCUCCUCCUCAGUAACGCGGGCCACUGAAAGGUAUGAUAUAUUUGAUCCACAACAGUCCUCAGCCCAGGAACCUACAGUGGUGACAAGGACAUGGGACUCCUCCUGCCAGAUUCCAGAUGGUUCAAUACACUUGACAUCCUGGCUGACAACUGCGAAAAAGAACCUUGGAUUACUUUAUUUUAUUUUUGUGGGACACCACAAUCCCAGUUCCAUAGGAUACGUCAGGCUUCAAGUUCCCUGUAGAAUUCUAAAAUAACCUUUGCUGAUGAGGAUGUCUGAUACUGUUACUGUAAAAAAUGAAACUGAAACAAUGAAGGAUUUGGAGGCAGAAGUGAAAGAUACAACCAGAGUUGAAAAUCUUAUCAAAUCAGAAAACUAUGGGAAGAUUUUGGCAGAGAAGAAUGAACGUUGUAUUGACAACCAUAUUGAUUUGCAGCGGCCAUUGCAGUCAUUUGGACAGACAGGAAAAAGGUCUAAGUCAAGCUCAAAGUUAAAGCUAGUUCGGAGCCUUGCAGUGUGUGAAGAAUCUCCACCACCCCCUACAGCAGAGAUAUCACAGGAGAACCAGGAGAAAAUUCAGAUCCAGUUAACGCAAUCAUUUGAAAAAGAGGAGAAGCCCUCAAAAGAUGAAGCAGAAAAAGAAAAAGCCAGUGAUAAGUUGCCCAGAAAAAUGUUAUCAAGAGAUUCCAGUCAAGAAUACACUGAUUCAACUGGCAUAGAUCUACAUGAAUUUUUAGUAAAUACAUUAAAAAACAAUCCCAGGGACAGAAUGAUGCUGUUGAAAUUGGAACAAGAAAUUUUAGAUUUCAUUGGUAAUAAUGAGUCUCCACGUAAAAAAUUUCCCCCAAUGACAUCUUACCAUAGGAUGCUAUUACACAGAGUAGCUGCUUACUUUGGAUUAGACCACAAUGUUGAUCAGAGUGGGAAGUCUGUCAUAGUAAACAAAACUAGUAAUACAAGAAUACCUGAUCAGAAAUUCAAUGAACAUAUUAAGGAUGAUAAAGGUGAAGAUUUUCAGAAACGAUAUAUCCUCAAGAGAGAUAACUCCAGCUUUGACAAAGAUGAUAACCAGAUGAGAAUACGUUUGAAAGAUGACAGAAGAAGCAAAUCUAUAGAAGAAAGGGAAGAAGAGUACCAGAGAGCUAGAGACCGAAUAUUUUCCCAAGAUUCCCUGUGUUCCCAAGAGAAUUAUAUUAUUGACAAAAGAAUCCAAGAUGAGGAUGCUAGUAGUACCCAGCAGAGGCGUCAGAUAUUUAGAGUUAAUAAAGAUGCUUCGGGGAGGUCAACAAAUAGCCAUCAAAGCAGCACUGAGAAUGAGCUGAAGUAUUCUGAACCACGACCCUGGAGCAGCACGGAUUCUGACAGUUCUCUCCGAAACUUCAAGCCUGCUGUAACUAAAGCCAGCAGCUUCAGUGGAAUCUCAGUCCUGACAAGAGGUGAUAGUUCUGGGAGCAGCAAAAGCAUAGGCAGGCUUUCAAAAACAGGUUCUGAGUCUUCUGGUAGUGUAGGGUCAUCUACGGGCUCUCUUUCUCACAUCCAGCAGCCUCUUCCAGGUACAGCUCUCAGCCAGUCUUCUCAUGGCGCACCUGUCGUCUAUCCAACUGUCAGCACUCAUAGCUCUCUUUCCUUUGAUGGUGGCCUAAAUGGGCAAGUCGCAUCUCCUAGCACUAGCUUCUUUUUGCUUCCCUUGGAAGCGGCAGGCAUACCACCUGGCAGUAUUCUGAUCAACCCACAAACAGGUCAGCCCUUCAUAAACCCAGAUGGAAGUCCAGUUGUGUAUAAUCCUCCUAUGACUCAACAACCAGUUAGAACCCAAGUGCCUGGACCUCCACAGCCACCUUUGCCACCUCCACCACCUCAACAACAAGCAGCUAAUCACAUUUUCUCACAGCCGGACAACCUUGGGUCUCAGUUUAGCCACAUGAGUCUUGCCCGCCAGCCAUCUGCAGAUGGUUCUGACCCUCAUGCCACCAUGUUCCAGUCCACUGUUGUUCUUCAGUCCCCACAGCAGUCUGGUUAUAUCAUGACGGCAGCCCCUCCACCACCACCACCACCGCCGCCGCCACCUCCCCCUCCUCCCCUGCCACCCGGGCAGCCAGUCCCUACUGCUGGCUAUUCUGCCUCUGGCCAUCCUGUCAGCCAGCCUGUGCUGCAGCAGCAGGGAUAUAUUCAGCCCUCACCACAGAUGCCAGCCUGUUACUGUGCUCCAGGCCACUAUCACUCCAGUCAACCUCAGUACCGUCCAGUCCCUUCUGUCCAUUACAAUUCACAUCUAAACCAACCACUGCCACAGCCUACACAGCAGACAGGUUAUCAAGUUAUACCCAACCACCAGCAAAACUACCAAGCACUAGUUGGAGUUCAGCAGCCCCAGAGUCAGAGCCUAGUUGGUGGCCAACCCAACAGCAUUGGAAAUCAGAUCCAAGGAGUAGUCAUCCCAUAUCCUUCAGUGCCAUCAUACCAGGUUUCACUGCCUCAAAGUUCUCAAGGAAUUGCCCAUCAGACUUAUCAACAGCCUGUUAUGUUCCCUAAUCAGUCUAAUCAAGGAUCUAUGCCCACAACAGGAAUGCCAGUUUACUAUAGUGUCAUUCCGCCUGGCCAACAAAAUAAUUUAAGCUCAUCAGUAGGUUACUUGCCACAUCCGGGAUCAGAACAAGUACAGUUUCCUCGAACUACUUCACCAGGCAAUUCCCAGCAGCUUCAAAGCCACCAGUGUGCAGCUGUGCCACCUCCGCCCCCUGCUGGAGGAAUGGUGAUGAUGCAGCUCAAUGUACCAAACAAUCCACAAUCUCGUGCCCACUCACCCCCACAAUGGAAACAAAACAAAUAUUACUGUGAUCACCAGAGAGGGCAGAAGUGUGUGGAAUUUAGCAAUGUAGACAAUAUUGUUCAGCACAGCCCUCAACUCAGUAGUCCCAUUAUUUCACCAGCUCAGUCGCCAGCACCAGCUCAGCUGACCACCCUCAAAACUGUCCGUCCCCCUGGACCACCCCUUUCCAUCAUACCUCAGUUUUCUAGACCUUUUGUUCCAGGGCAAGGAGAUGCCAGAUAUCCAUUACUUGGCCAGCCUUUGCAGUACAACCCUCCUGCUGUUCUGCACGGACACAUUCCAACCCAACAGGGUCAAUCUGGCAACAGGCAUGGAAACCGAGGAAGGAAACAAGCUAAAAAAGCUGCAUCCACUGACCUUGGUGCGGGAGAAGCAGUUGUUGGGAAGGUCUUGGAAAUUACCGAACUGCCAGAUGGAAUAACUCGCAUGGAAGCUGAGAAGCUUUUUGGGGAACUCUUUAAAAUUGGUGCCAAGAUCCGGUGGCUCCGGGACCCUCAAUCCCAGCCCCAGCUGCGUCGUCACCCCCUCUGCUGUGGCAGCGGGGACAACACUGUCAGCCCUGAACGCUCUAAACCCAGUGACUUGGCCUCCACAUAUACAGUCUUAGCCACAUUCCCCUCCAUUUCAGCUGCACAGAAUGCAUUGAAGAAACAAAUUAACUCGGUUAACAAGUUUAAGCUGAGAACGAGCAAGAAGCACUAUGACUUUCACAUUCUGGAAAGGGCAAGUUCUCAGUAACAGAGCCACCUUGGACCCUUGGCCUUUAUGAUUCCCCUGUCCUCACCCAUCUUUAAUUGGCUUGGUAUUUGGAGCUUCUGUUAACAUGAUAGAGACUCCUAGGACGUGUGGUCAUGGCGUUAUAGCUUUUGAAGACAGGCCAGUGAUCCAGCAAAGGGGGAAAAUUACACAUUUCACCCCAAAUGACUAUAGGAAUCCACAUCGGAAUGAUACAGAGUUAGCAGCUUUUUCUGAGGAAAUGCUGUUCAAAUGCCUCCUAACUUUUAUAGUUAUUUUGUUUUAUAUUUCUGAAUUCUUGUAUCAGAUCCAAAGCUCUAUUGUACAGCAAAUUAUUCUUCAAAAUGAUUACAACCAGUUGCAACCUGUAUUUCUUUUUUGCAGCCAGCACAAUGUGAACCAACAUAGAAUUUGGGGGGGCAAAGAAUGCAGGAGUGGAAUAACCAAGUCAGAACCAUGUACUAUCUUUUUGGGGGGCUGGAGGGUACCUAAGGAGAGC